ACCAGAGAGCAGAGAACCAGCAGAGACCGAGCUCAGAGCCAGCAGGAGGAGUGAAAGUGCACACGUGGACAGAAGACACCUGAGAGUGACGUCGACCUCAGCCAAUCACAGCACGGCCUGGUGACGUCAGCUCUCCUCUGUAGACCAAUAGGAUGGUUUAUUGGGAGGUUGAAGGAUGAAGAACUGUUGGAAAGAUUUGAGGAAAAAAGAAAAAAGAGAAAAAGGUUGUGAAACAGUCUGGAGGUCUGGAGGUCUGCAGGAACCCGGAUCCGGAUCAGGUCCAGCUUCAUGUUUACUCUGCAGAGUCUUCAUGCUGGAGAUCAGAGGAGGAGGAGAAACAUCUAUUAUCUAGGAGAAACAUGAUCAAUGUGAUGAGAAAAUGAAGAUGAUCUGAUUCUUUUCUGGCUGAAUAUUCAACUUUUCAUCUCCAGAGACAAACAGAGCUGGUGUUGGGCGUGAUGGGAAGCUUCAAGGGCCACGCGUUGCCUGGAAGCUUCUUCCUGGUCGCUGGGAUCUGGUGGACGGGGAAGCACUCGCUGUGGCACGCCACCCGCAGGAACAAGAACAUCGGUUCCACCCGGCUGACCAGCAGAGCGUCACAGCGCCGCCUGGAGAUCAUCGAGAGCUCCGUCGUUCUCUUCUUCUCUUUCGUUGGGAUGCUGGCGGAGCAGUUUGCAGCAGACGGACCGAGACUCCAGCUGUACGACUCUGCAGAGAACCACUGGGAACAUCUGAUGAACUGGCAGCACGCCACCAUGUAUCUGUUCUUCGGCCUGGCGGCGACCGUGUCUCUGAUUAUACACACCACCGAGGCCGCUCCGCUGGCACUCGACAGGUUAAUGCUGGCUGUGGCUUUCUUCAAUGAAGGAUUUCUGUUCUUCUACCACCUCCACGGCCGGAGCAUGCUGGACGUCCACGUGCACCAGCUGCUGCUCUACGCCGUCUUCGGCGGGGCUCUGGUCUCCUUCCUGGAGGUCUUCCACCGAGGGAACAUCCUGCUGGAGCUGCUGCGCUGCUGCCUCACCCUGCUGCAGGGGAGCUGGUUCUGGCAGAUCGGUUUCGUGCUGUACCCUCCUCACGGUCCUGAGUGGGACCUGAAGGAUCACAACAACAUGAUGUUCGUCACCAUGUGUUACUCCUGGCACCUCGCCUUCGCCAUGCUCGUCGUUGGCGUGCUCUACUGCACCGUCAGCUGUGUUGUUCGCUCCAGACUGAGGAGGACUCCUCCGAUGGAAAUGGGACUUCUGAAGCCCAGAGACCGGGACCCGGAGUCAGAGGACGAGAUCUUGUGAAGAGAACUUAGUGUUGUGACUAAAUAAUAAACAGAAUUAAAUCAGGGAUCUGAUGUUUGCAGGACGACUACAAGCAAAGCGUGCAGACGGACGAGGGAAAAGGUUUCUGGAUGCUUUACAUUAGAAAUAUACAGUAUCUCUACCUCCGACUUCUUUAAUCAGAUGUAAACCCUUUUCAGCCUUACACCCACUGUUCAUUCAUAUUUAUUUUACUGUUUCCUUUUAUAUAAUCUGUUGUUUUAUUAUCAAUUUGCACAUACAAAGUGAACAUGAACUCAUUCAUGAGGGUCAAUUUUUUAUGGAUUGCAUGCUUUUCAUUUGUCUCGUCAAACAUGUUCAGUAACGGUGACGCCAUCUGGUGGUGAAAACAUCAUCGCCAGUACAUUUAAUGUUUUACUUGAAAGCAAGUCUUUAAGUAUUUUACUUGUUUCAUAAUGUUGAGUCAAAACCAAAUGCCAAAAAUAAGAAUUUUAUUAAAAUUGUUUAAAUAUUUGACGUUAUUAUUACAGAUUAUAUUGUGGUUG